AUGGCUCGGGACGCCCCCUCGCGUUUAAACAUCCUUAGCCUCAACUGCUGGGGUCUGAAAUUCAUCUCCAAGUACCGCAACGAACGCCUGUCAGAAAUCGGCAACCAGCUCGCCGACGUCUCCCCGCGCCCCGACAUCGUCGGCUUGCAAGAAUGCUGGACCAGGCAGGACUACUUAGCCAUCCGUGAAAGGACUCAGGACUUCCUUCCAUAUGGCAAAUUUUACCAUAGUGGCAUCUUCGGCGGAGGCCUGGCAAUUCUGUCGAGAUGGCCCAUCGAGGAUAGCAGUAUGGUUCGAUACUCGCUCAAUGGAAGACCGACCGCUUUCUUCAGGGGCGACUGGUUUGUGGGCAAGGGCGUUGCUUGCGCAAGAAUCAGGUUUGGCCCGGCAAAGAAGGAUGUUGCGGAGGUGUUUUGCACGCAUCUACACGCACCGUACGAGAGCGAGCCAAACGAUUCCUACAUAUGUCAUCGCACCGCUCAGGCCUGGGAGAUAACAAAGCUGAUGCGUGGAGCUGCCGAACGUGGUCACUUGGUCAUCGGUCUGGGCGACUUCAACAUGAUUCCUCUGUCGCUUGCGCACCGCCUCAUAGAGACACAUUCACCGGUCAGAGACAUAUGGAGGUUGUUGCACCCGGACUCUUCGGUUGGCGCGGCUAGGGAUGCUGUUGAGAAAAGGCGAGGCAAGCCUAUGCCGAAUGCCGAGUUCAACAUCACGGAGAACGGCGCAACUUGCGACAGUGCACUGAACACUUGGAGGUGGAACGAAGCACACAGGAAGAGACUGGAAAAGGGAGAGCCGAUAGAAAUCGAGCCCACGGUGGAUGAUCCACGAGCGAAAAGAUUGGACUACAUCUUCUUCUCCAGUGGAGAGCAAAGUCCAGUCGCGCCUACUUCUGGCACCGACCCUCUCCAAACGUCCAAGGGAGCAUGGGGUCUCGAGACGGCAAAAGUAGGCAUAACAGGUCGCCACCCUACCCUUCGCUGCUCUCUCAGUGAUCACUUCUCCAUCGAGGCUACCCUAGUGCGCAAUGCCGCCUCAGACGCCGACUCUGCGGUAACCCCCACUUCUGAUGUUGACCCUCUUUCUUCUUCAUUCCUUCCACUGCCCGUUUAUGACGAGAUCCUCGCCAUGAUACACAAGUAUAGAGCGCGCGAGUACCGUCAACGGCGCCUGCGCCUUUCUCAUUUCGGGGGGCAGCUUGCCCUCGCCAUAGCGUGUCUUGUCGGCGUGUGGUGGGCGCCGCACAACUACGUCGCUUUCAUAUUGAUGCUGGUGAGCACGUUAGGCCUUGCAGCUGGCGUGUUGGACGGGCUCAUCGGCGGGCUGUUUAUGAGCAGCGAGCUGCGAUCGCUGCGAGAAUUCGAGUGGGAAAUUACAAACACGCGUGCUGCAGCGGCGGGAAAGCCGCUGGAAAAGCGGGAGGUGAUUGACGGUGUGUGA